UAAAGCUGGGUCAGUUAGGCCUGCCCAGUGCGCUGGCGGGCGAUCCGGAAGAGUAGGGUGCGAGCGGAUAACGGGCCGACGAAAUGAUCGCCCACGGCCAGAACAUCGCCGAUCUCGCGUCCUCGUUCCUUUCCCAGCGCCGCCCUCCUCCUCGCAGCCGCUUUGCCCGCCAAUAUUCCCCUGUGAGGUUUCUCUCUCCGAGGCCCGCAGCACGAGCACUCCGCCACGACACCUCGGGCGAUGAUGGGGACGGCCAGGCGGCCGUCACUGCCAAGCGGCGGGAGUUCUUGCUGUUGCCCUCCUUGGCCAUGGCUGCGGGCUUCCUUUACUCGUUUUCGGCUGCCGCCGCAGAGGAGAAGGCCCCCGAGCCGCCGCCCGCCCCGCCCGCGUCCUCCGUCGUUGACGAAGAGAAAGUGAAGGAGAAGGAAGAUAAGCAGGAGGAGCCGGAGAUUUUGUCUAGGAUUUACGACGCGACGGUGAUUGGGGAACCGGAGGCGGUGGGGAAGGACAAGAGGAGGUUGUGGGAGAAGUUGAUGGGCGCUCGCGUGGUGUACUUGGGGGAGUCCGAGAUGGUGCCGGAUCGGGACGAUAGGGUCUUGGAGUUGGAGAUUGUCAAGAAUCUUAGGAAUCGUUGCUUGGAGCAGCAGAGGACCAUAUCCUUGGCUCUCGAAGCUUUUCCUAUUGAUCUCCAACAACAGCUAAAUCAGUUCAUGGAUGGAAGAAUUGAUGGAGGAAGCUUAAAAACUUACACUUCCCAUUGGCCAUCUGAACGCUGGCAGGAAUAUGAACCUCUCCUAAAUUACUGUCGUGAUAAUGGAAUUAGGAUUGUUGCUUGUGGUACCCCACUGAAGGUACUCAGAACUGUUCAAGCUGAAGGCAUUCGAGGCCUUAGAAAUGGAGAGCGGAAGUUAUAUGCUCCUCCAGCUGGAUCAGGCUUCAUUUCUGGCUUCACUUCCGUCACUGGAAGAUCACUGAUAGACAGCAUUUCUUCAAGUCCAUCUUACCUUUUUGGUCCAAGUUCAUACCUAUCUGCGCAGGCUAGAGUUGUUGAUGAUUAUACAAUGUCCCAGAGUAUCCUUAAAGCUAUUACAGAUGACGAUUCAGUGGGGAUGCUUGUAGUUAUAACUGGUGCAAGCCAUGUAAUUUAUGGAUCAAGAGGAAUAGGAAUUCCUGCUCGAAUAUCGAAGAAACUGCAAAAGAAAAAUCAAGCUGUGAUACUACUUGAUCCUGAAAGACAGCAAAUACGCAGAGAAGGUGAAGUCCCAGUUGCUGAUUUCUUGUGGUACUCUGCUGCUAAGCCUUGCAGUAGAAAUUGCUUUGAUCGUGUUGAAAUUGCUCGUGUAAUGAAUGCAGCAGGGAGGAGACGUGAAGCUCUACCUCAGGACCUCCAGAAAGGAUUGGACCUUGGAAUUGUGUCACCUGAGAUACUGCAGAAUUUUUUUGACCUUGAGCAAUAUCCUUUAAUCUCUGAACUGAUUCACCGAUUCCAAGGUUUUCGGGAAAGGCUUCUGGCAGAUCCUAAAUUUCUACAUAGGUUGGCCAUAGAAGAGGCCAUUUCAAUUACAACAACACUAUUAGCUCAAUAUGAAAGACGGAAAGGACGAUUUCUUGAAGAAAUUGAUUAUGUUCUAACUGAUACUAUCAGAGGUUCUGUUGUUGAUUUUUUUACCGUGUGGCUUCCUGCUCCAACACUUUCUUUUUUAACUCAUGCUGAUGAAAGUUCAUCAUCGGAGAAUUUUGAUUUGUUGAAAGACCUACUAGGGUCAAUUCCAGAUAAUGCCUUCCAAAAAAAUGUUGUGGGUAAAGACUGGAAUUUGAGUCAUAGGUUUGCAUCAGUAUUCGUUGGAGGAUUGAAACUUGCGGGUGUGGGAUUUAUCUCUAGUAUUGGUGCCGGAGUUGCUUCAGAUGUUUUGUAUUUACUCCGUCAAAGUUUGAGACCAGCAUUAUCUGUGAAUAAACGCAAAAGAUCUCCCAUAUACAAGUCAGCAAUAGUAUAUGGAUGCUUUCUUGGGACUUCAGCAAAUUUGCGUUAUCAGAUAAUUGCUGGAUUAGUGGAACACCGCCUUUCUGAUUAUUUGUUAUCUUAUGGCAAUGGAACAUUACUUGUUAAUGCAUUGUCUUUCACUGUCCGCACGAUCAACUCAUACUGGGGAACACAGCAAUGGGUUGAUCUUGCUCGAUAUACAGGACUACAAAUUCAAAAAAAGGAAGCUAUCCAGGAUCAGGUUGCAAAUACAUCCGAUGUGCCACUUUUAGAAUGCUCCAAGACACAAAGAAACAACACGGAUGAAAGCAAUAAUCAGGUGCAGCUUUUAGAAUGCUCCACAACAAAGAUAAACAAUAUGGAUGAAAACAAUAAUCAGUCAGGUGAUACCCCAACAUAAUACAUCAGCUACGAUCAAUCCGUGCAGAUGGUUACAGAUACUCAGGAUCAGUACAUGGCUCAAUUUGUUGUCUAUCGGAUGGACUACUGCAGUUCGACACAACUUUGGUUUUUGUAGCUAUUGUUUCCAGAAUGGCAACCUCAAGAAAUCACAAAUGUAGCCGUGCCUGAGUUUCAGAAACUAUCCUUGGCAAAAGUUUGACAAGAAGAUGCACAUAACACAAAGUUAACUGGAAAUAGUUUUCUGCUUCAGAAACCAACACAAUACCAAUCUCCUACAGUGCUACAUUUUUUUUUCUUUCUUUAGACUAUCAAAGGUCCAUUUUGAAGAACACAUUUUGGUUUGAAAUUUGACACUUGAUCACCUAAUCAACUCAAGUUUAUACA